CUCAGCGUGCAGCCUCGCCGCACCAAAGCGCUCAUCCACGUAGCCGCAGUCACAAACACUGUGGUUUUAUCAUCGGAAGUGUAGCAGGGGUCGGGGCAACAGACGUUUCCUGACUCCGUCUGAAGGAGAAGUGACUGAUUCCUCCGGCAGCUGGUGUGAGAUGGUUCGCGUCGGCCAUGGCAAGGGGUCUGUUUCCGUGGGGGUUCGUCAGAAAGCCUCUGUACAUCCAGGCCAGAUUCUCCUACCUUCAUAUGAGGUACCUGUUCUUCUCCUGGCUGACGCUGUUCGUGGGCAGCUGGAUCGUGUAUGUGAAGUACUCAUCCUACACAGAGCUGUGUCGAGGACACGACUGCAAAAAUUCAAUAUGUGACAAAUAUAGAAAAGGAGUCAUUGAUGGCUCUGCCUGCAGCAGCCUGUGUGAGAAGGACACGCUUUAUCUGGGGAAGUGUUUCACUGCCAAGCCCAACAGCCAGGUUUACUCAGGGAGCUGGGGAGACCUGGAGGGAGUCAUUAAAUGCCAGAUGGAGGAGGCUCCCCAUUACGAUUUAGGAAGUGAGAUGGAGCCCAGGAAGGAAGCUGCGGCCUUCGACAAGCCCACCAAGGGCACCUCAGUGGAAAUGUUCAGGGAGAUGAUCCUCAAUCACCUAAAGACUAAAGUGGGGGAACAGGCCAACCUCGCAGACCUGGCAACCCAAGUGUUGUUAGUUGCCGAUGCCAACAAGGACGGUCACGUCUCUCUGCCCGAGGCUCGCUCCACGUGGGCUCUGCUUCAGCUCAAUGAGUUCCUGUUAGCUUUAGUCUUACGAGACAGAGAGCACAUGCCAAAGCUGCUGGGCUUCUGCGGAGACCUGUAUGUGAUGGAGAAGGUGCCACACUUUCCUCUGUAUGGCAUCAGCCUACCCUGGAUUAUGGAGGUGUGGAUUCCUACAGGUCUGCGUCGCAGCAUGGACCAGUGGUUCACUCCCUCCUGGCCGCACAAGGCCAAGAUCUCCAUUGGACUGCUGGAACUGGUUGAGGACGUUUUCCACGGCACCUUCGGCAGUUUCCUCAUGUGUGAUGUGAGUGCCACCAGUUUCGGCUACAACGACCGCCACGACCUGAAGGUGAUGGAUGCGUGGUACAUCGUUCCCGAGGCCUCCUUCCAAGAAGGCAUUAGGCAACAGCACUGCAACGUGGACGAGGACUGUCUCUACGGGGCUGAUUGCCUCACUUCCUGUGACCUCACCAAGCACCGCUGCACACCAGAGGUGACCAGGCCAAACUUGGCCAAAGCCUGUGAAGCAAUCAAGGACUACGUUCUGAGGGGGGUGCCAUCUGACAUGCGCGAGGAGCUUGAGAAGCAGCUGUACGCCUGCAUUGCACUGAAAGGUUCAACAGAACAGAUGGAAAUCGAGCACUCACUGAUUCUGAACAAUCUUAAGACUCUGUUAUGGAAGAAAAUCUCUCACACAAAAGACUCGUAACAGAUAAGUCCUUAACAAAGGUACCAAGCAAGAAUCCUGUCCUUGAAUUGAUUUUUUAAAUAAAAAUGGUCAGUUUCAUUGUGGUAAAAAUAAGAUUCUCUUUAAUUCAACUCGACACUUAUAACCGAGUUGGUUGAGCGGCUGUUUCAAGUAUUAAGUUAUGUAAUAUUAAGGAAACUUUGACGCACUGGAGCAAAAUGAUAAGUGGUUUUUCAAAAUCGUGACUGAUAAAUAAACUUGACUAAGAAUCAUGUGCACGAACUGUAAGUGCUUACUUCAGCUUUGUCAGUGAAGUCUAAAUUGAGCAGAGCAGUAUCUUAUCUGGGUUGUUCUAUUUUUCCCCAUUACCAAGUCACAGUCGGCACAACAGAUUCUAUAGACAAGUGACAACUUGUGUGAAACAGUCAUGCUGACUUUGCAGAACCAAUCAGCCUUCAUUGCAUGACCCAAACAUACAGAUACUUUUUAUCACUGUCCAAUCAGCCCGUUAGCCACAGUGCUAUUGAAUAAUUUAGCUAUACCAUAAUACCCUGAGGAUCAUGAAGGAAGAGGAUACAUAGGUACAAUUUGACAAAGUACACAAGAGA